UGAGACGUGGCCGGCUCCCUGGCCUGCUGCCCGCACAGUGGGCCCUUGUCUCUGCUCUGGGUCAGGCGAGGCAGCCACCCAUGAUGAGCUCUGCAGCCUUCCCGAGGUGGCCGCAGAGCAUGGGGGUCCCUCGUACCCCUUCACGGACAGUGCUCUUCGAGCGGGAGAGGACGGGCCUGACCUACCGCGUGCCCUCGCUGCUCCCCGUGCCCCCCGGGCCCACCCUGCUGGCCUUUGUGGAGCAGCGGCUCAGCCCUGACGACUCCCACGCCCACCGCCUGGUGCUGAGGAGGGGCACGCUGGCUGGGGGCUCCGUGCGGUGGGGUGCCCUGCACGUGCUGGGGACAGCGGCCCUGGCGGAGCACCGGUCCAUGAACCCCUGCCCUGUGCACGAUGCUGGCACGGGCACCGUCUUCCUCUUCUUCAUCGCGGUGCUGGGCCACACGCCUGAGGCCGUGCAGAUCGCCACGGGAAGGAACGCCGCGCGCCUCUGCUGUGUGGCCAGCCGUGACGCCGGCCUCUCGUGGGGCAGCGCCCGGGACCUCACCGAGGAGGCCAUCGGUGGUGCCGUGCAGGACUGGGCCACAUUUGCCGUGGGUCCCGGCCACGGCGUGCAGCUGCCCUCAGGCCGCCUGCUGGUACCCGCCUACACCUACCGCGUGGACCGCCGAGAGUGUUUUGGCAAGAUCUGCCGGACCAGCCCUCACUCCUUCGCCUUCUACAGCGAUGACCACGGCCGCACCUGGCGCUGUGGAGGCCUCGUGCCCAACCUGCGCUCAGGCGAGUGCCAGCUGGCGGCGGUGGACGGUGGGCAGGCCGGCAGCUUCCUCUACUGCAAUGCCCGGAGCCCACUGGGCAGCCGUGUGCAGGCGCUCAGCACUGACGAGGGCACCUCCUUCCUGCCCGCAGAGCGCGUGGCUUCCCUGCCCGAGACUGCCUGGGGCUGCCAGGGCAGCAUCGUGGGCUUCCCAGCCCCCGCCCCCAACAGGCCACGGGAUGACAGUUGGUCAGUGGGCCCCGGGAGUCCCCUCCAGCCUCCACUCCUCGGUCCUGGAGUCCACAAACCCCUAGAGGAGGCUGCUGGAGACCCCCGUGGAGGCCAGGUGCCUGGUGGGCCCUUCAGCCGUCUGCAGCCUCGGGGGGAUGGCCCCAGGCAGCCUGGCCCCAGGCCUGGGGUCAGUGGGGAUGUGGGGUCCUGGACCCUGGCACUCCCCAUGCCCUUUGCUGCCCCGCCCCAGAGCCCCACGUGGCUGCUGUACUCCCACCCAGUGGGGCGCAGGGCUCGGCUACACAUGGGUAUCCGCCUGAGCCAGUCCCCGCUGGACCCGCGCAGCUGGACAGAGCCCUGGGUGAUCUACGAGGGCCCCAGCGGCUACUCCGACCUGGCGUCCAUCGGGCCGGCCCCUGAGGGGGGCCUGGUUUUUGCCUGCCUGUACGAGAGCGGGGCCAGGACCUCCUAUGAUGAGAUUUCCUUCUGUACAUUUUCCCUGCGUGAGGUCCUGGAGAACGUGCCCGCCAGCCCCGAGCCGCCCAACCUUGGGGACAAGCCUCGGGGGUGCUGCUGGCCCUCCUGACAGGCCUUCUGGCCGUGCCCAUGCCCCUUGGGUGCCUGGGGCAGAGGGGUGGAAUACGUUGGGGUGCCCCACCAUAGCUGUGGGGGGGCUCUUAGUGCAGGAUCCUGUGGAUUAGAAACAAGUUGCUCCUCAGAGCUCUCAAGCAGGGACUACUCUUUAGGAAGGGGAGCAGCAGCUGGGAGUGAGCAGGGCAGGGUGGGGGCACGAAGUGGGCCCUGGGUGACCCCCACAGCUCCCUUCCGAGGCUGCAGGGCCAGGCGCGGGACCGCAGGUAGCCCAGGGUGUUGUGGGUGGCAGCACUUGUUUACUGGCUGCUUUCUGGCUCGAAAUAAAGGAAUCGUGCUUGUGUCGGG